GCUGAUGGUAUCCAACGUGGUUAAGAUCAGCAGUUCACUGAGCCAAGAAGUAAAGGAAGGAUCUCGAGUUGGACCGGAUUUCUCCUUGGACCUACGGCAUCCUCAUCAAGAUGGUGAGCCAGUUCAUCAAGAAGCGGAGCAAGCGGAUUCCGACCGCCAUUCGAGCCAAAGCCGAGAAGAAGGUGCGCGAACACAAUCGGAAACUCAAGAAGGAGAAACGACUCCGUCCGGGGGGAUUCAAGAACAAGGCCAAGAAAGAUCCGGGCAUUCCCAACGACUGUCCCUUCAAGGAGGCCAUUCUUCAAGAUGUGGCCGAAGCUCGCCGUCGCAAACAGGAGGAGAAGGAUCAAAGACGUCAAAUUUUGCGGCAACGGCGGGUCGAUGGGCAAGGUGGGAGCCUUGGGGCCGACAAUCUCACUGAUCUGGUCCAGCAGGCCCAACUUAAGGCCGGACAACACCAAGACCGUGAGGCAGGCCACGGCUCGGAGGAGGAGGAGGAGGAGGAGGAAGGUGCGGCCGAUGGGCUGGGUGAGCGCUCGGCCAAGGCCUUCUACAAGGAAUUCGCCAAAGUGGUAGAUGCGGCCGAUGUCAUCUUGCAAGUGCUGGACGCCCGGGAUCCCUUGGGCACGCGAAACGCCUCAGCCGAGCAGAAGAUCCGAGACCAGGGAAGCCGUAAACGACUCGUGCUCGUGCUGAACAAGGCCGAUUUGGUGCCCAAGGACAACCUCGAGGCUUGGAUCCGCUAUCUUCGUCGGGAGUAUCCCACCAUUGCCUUCAAAUCGUCCACUCAGAAUCAAGGCCACAACCUCGGCCAGUCCAAAUUGAAGAUCAAGCCCAGCACGAUCGAUCAAUUGCAGACCUCCAAGAGCGUGGGCAGUGACACGCUCAUGGCCCUGUUGGCCAACUAUUGCCGCAACAAAGACGUCAAGACCGCCAUCCGCGUGGGCGUGAUCGGCUAUCCCAACGUGGGCAAGAGCUCGCUCAUCAACAGUCUCAAACGGAGUCGGGCUUGUCAUGUGGGCAACACGCCCGGCGUGACUAAGGUCGUGCAAGAAAUCCAGAUCGACAGCAAGGUCAAGCUCUUGGACAGUCCGGGCAUGAUCCUAGCCGCUAAAGGUCAGGACAGCGCCGUCCAGAACGCGCUCCGAAAUGCCAUUAAAGUGGAGGAAUUAGCCGACCCCGUCACCCCGGUGACCGCCAUCUUGCAGCGAUGCGAGAAGCGCUACAUGCAGUUGACUUACAACGUGGGCGACUACCAGGAUGCGCACACCUUCCUCAACUUGGUGGCCUUGUCGUUGGGCAAACUCAAGAAAGGCGGCGUGCCCGACCACGUAAUGGCUGCUCGGAUGGUGCUCCAGGAUUGGCACAAUGGCAAGAUCAAAUAUUUCACCCACCCACCCGAAUUGCCCACCGACGUGCAUUUGGGCGCUGAAGUGGUGGACGGAUUUGCCGCCGAAUUCAGUCUUGACCAACUCGAGACCGUGGAGCAGGCUGACAUGGAGGCUCUGCCCGAGGUGCUGGCUUCGGAAGCCAUGCACGUAGAUCUGGCCACGCCCCUUCAAACUAGUGCUGACGAAGAAGCCUCCCACGGGCCACUGGCUCGAGUCGCCGUUAUCAAGUCGCCUAGUCUGGCCCAGACCAAGAAGGCCAAGAUUCUGGCUAAGUUGCCGCAGAAGAAAGUCCCCAAGAGUGUCGAAGAGCCACAGAACCUGAAGAAAUUGCAAAAGCUGCGGGAAAAGAAGGCCAAGAAAGACCGUAAACGACGAGAUCGCGUUUCCAUGGAACUGUCCCAGGGCCUUGAUUCGGCUCUUUCCACGUUUUAAGUUUUGCCUUUCCCCACUGAAAUUCUGAAUUAGAUCCAUUCAUCCUUGCAGA